CCCUAAUGGCGUUGUCCGGGCGAGGGUGUUACGUAUAUCUGUACAAGCUUUUCUGACAAGCCAGGCUUGUUGAUAUUUGUCUUUACUGUAGAGCCACCAAGGUGUUGCCUAAGAGAGUUUAAGCACGCCGACAUUGCAAAGGGUUAUUAGAUUCAUAAGUCAGCGAAGUGGUGGGCGAUCUACUGAGCACAGCAGAAGUUCUCAUAUGAUGACUUCAAACAAGACACAUUACCUACCAGCAUCUUUUGGAGUGAGUGGAUAUUAAGACACUUCUAUCUCCAGGACAGCGUAGGGGAAAAUGUUCCACCAGGUUAGAAGAGUGAUGACCAUCCUGUUCCUUACUAUGGUUAUUUCAUACUUCAGUUGCAUGAGAGCUGCGCCCCUGAGAGACGCCCCGGGCAUGCGGGGCCAUCGGACGGAAGGCUACUUGGGCGCCGCUGCGACGGCCGCGCGAGGCCACGGGACUCCACAGAGUGGCGGCGGGCCGGGCCAGCGCGGGGAACUGCCCUCACUCACAGACACGUUUGAGCAGGUGAUAGAGGAGCUGCUGGAGGUGGAGGGAGAGGCGGCGCAGCUGGGACAGGGGGCUGAUAAGAGCCAGGGAGGUGGGGGCCCGUCCUCUGUGGUCACCACGGAGACCAAGGAUGUCGACCUGUACGACUCGCGGGUGAUGAUCAGCAACCAAGUGCCUUUGGAGCCGCCGUUGCUCUUUCUUCUGGAGGAAUACAAAAACUAUCUGGAUGCCGCUAAUAUGUCCAUGAGGGUGCGGCGACACUCCGAUCCCUCGCGGCGUGGAGAGCUCAGUGUGUGUGACAGUAUUAGCCAGUGGGUGACAGCUGUGGAUAAAAAGACGGCAAUAGACAUGUCUGGGCAGACAGUUACCGUCAUGGAAAAGGUCCCUGUCCCCAAUGGCCAACUGAAGCAAUACUUUUAUGAGACCAAAUGCAACCCCAUGGGGUACACAAAGGAGGGCUGCAGAGGAAUAGACAAGCGGCAUUAUAAUUCCCAAUGCAGGACAACCCAGUCCUACGUGCGAGCGCUUACCAUGGAUAGCAAAAAGAAGAUUGGCUGGCGGUUUAUAAGGAUAGACACUUCAUGUGUAUGCACAUUGACCAUUAAAAGAGGGAGAUAGUGUAUAAAAUGUAUAGAUUUUAUUGAAGAGUUUAAAAAAGAGAAUACAGAGAAAAUAUCUAUUUGUAUAUAUACAUAACAGGGUAAAUUAUUCCGUCAAAUGAAAAUUUUAUGGACUGCAUGUAAAAAAAGAUGAAGUUUAUACAGUAAAAGUGAUACUACAGUCUAUUUAUUGAACAUAUUCAUGACCUUGUAAACAAUUAAAAAAAAUCUGAUCAGUCA